AUGCUCAAAGUCACCAUGCCCUCCUCCGCGUCUUCGUCGCCUCCUUCUGCCUCGGCGACCCCCAGCGCCACCGGCACGCUCGCCUCUGCCCCUACCUCGGGCCGGGUCGGAGGUGCUGCCACCGGCGCCGCUGCCGCCUCCGCUAGCCCGGAUUUCUGGAUCGACGGCUCCAAUAGGGACACCCUGACGGAUUAUUACGACCUGGAGUCAGAGCUGGGACGGGGUGCUACAUCUAUUGUCUACAGGUGCAGGCAGAAAGGAACUCAAAAGCCUUUUGCUGUCAAAAUCUUGAAGAAAACUGUAGAUAAGAAGAUUGUCCGAACAGAAAUAGGUGUUCUUCUUCGACUUUCACAUCCAAAUAUUAUAAAAUUGAAGGAGAUAUAUGAAACCCCCACAGAAAUCAGCCUUGUCUUAGAACUGGUAACAGGAGGAGAGCUGUUUGACAG